UACAUAGCCAUAGGCACGGAAUCAGAGAGGGUGAGGGUCGUGUGAAUGUGAAGAAACCAAACCAAACAACUCACCACUCACUCACUCACUCUCGGUCCUGGGUAUGGAUUCCGUUGUCCUUCACAGUGUGAGUGCGUCAUCAGCGGCGUCGUCGUCGUCUACGUCGUCAAUGGCGAAGCGUCCGUGUCCGUCGCAAAACCCUAGAGUGGAGAACCUGAGCGAUGUGGAGCGUCUUCUGGACGCGUUUCUCUCCCUCUCCGACCUCCCUUCUCUCUCCCUCGAUCUCUCCUUCGAGAGGCUUCUCCAAUCUGUCUCCUCUGACUCCGAUCUUAUCGAUCGCGCCCUCAAAAUGGGUUCUCUCCUUCUUGACGCCGCCAAACACUCCUCUAGGAAACGCGCUUCCAACCACAAUUCCCUCGCCUGGCCCCUCCCUCCCGACCUCACCAUCAAGGUGUUCUCAAUGCUUGAUACCCAGAGCCUGUGCUAUGCAUCAGCUACUUGUUCAAUGUUUAGCAAAUGUGCCAAAGAUCCUCUGUGCUAUACAAAUCUUGAUUUGACAACACUUGUUCCGAAGGUUAACAAUGCAGUAGUUGCCACGAUGAUUCAGCGAGCUGGAAAGGCACUAAGGUCUCUUAAGCUUGGCGUUGUCCCUGGCGCUACUACUUCACUUGGAUCUUGUCCACCAUUUGUUUGUACCAUUAGAAAUGCUAUUGUAGAAGUAUCAAACUUUUCAUGGAAUGAUAAGAGGUCUCGACAAGGGAGGGAGUCAUCCAUUCUCACAAGAUGCUGCUUAAGCCCUUUAAGUGGUGACGGUGGUACCCCAGGGGCUCUUUUAAGAAAGUUACACUUGUAUAAUAUUGAGAGAAUGGAUAAUGCAUCCCUUGGUGCAGCAUUGUCUGCAUGCCCAUCUCUCCUUGAUUUGGAAAUUGUUGGGCUCCAUGUUGAGCUGAGGCAAACAUUAAUGUCAGUAAGUGCAAACUGCCACUUGAUAGAACGCUUGUUUUUUGAGUCUUCUAAAACAGGUAGAGAUGACAGCUUGAAAGCACAAACCUGUUUUGAGCUAGUAAACAAUUGUCCUCAUCUAACUUCUUUAUCCCUUAGAGGGUUUAAGCUACAUGAUUGCAAAGUUCGUGUAUUGGUUAAGGGAUUUAGGAAAUUGAAGUAUGUUGACUUUUCCACGUCUUAUUCAAUCACUGGUAACUUCUUAAGAAACCUUGGAAGCUGCAAUGGGGGAAAUUUUCUUGAGGUCUUAAUUUUAAGGGAUUGCAUGCAUCUCAAAGAGAUGGAAGUCGCGAGGCUGUUGACUGCAAUUCUUGCUGGAGAUUUCAAAUUUCUUGUACAUCUUGAUAUAUCCAAUAGGGAAGGUUUAGCAUCUGAGGCUGAUUGGUAUCACAGGUGCUACAACUCUAGUAUUAUGCCUAUAAAAGAGGUUUUGGAAACGAGGCCUGAUAUGUGUCUGGUGGCUGAAUAUCCAUCAGCAGAAGGAAGUUAUAUGGAGACAUUUGAUGCUGAUAUGAAUAGUGAGAUAAGUCUGCCCUCACAAUUGAGUAGCCACACGUCAGAUGGAUCAAUUUUUAUGAGUACAUCUGAAAGCAGCUACAAUAGUGAUCAGGGAAGUGGCAAUGAGGAUGGUCAAGAUGCCAACUACGUGAUAUACGAGGAAAGCUCAGAUGAGAUUGACUUUUUGUCCCUCUAGGGAAUCCUCGUGGUGAGGCAUCAUUCAAGAAGGACAACAAUCUGGUGAACUUGGUACUCUCUCUCUCUCUCCCCGUGUGUGUGUGUGUGUGUGCACCCAUGUGUGUUGGAGUGGUGGGUUACUAGUGGAUUUCUAAUGCAUAAAGGCAAACGUUACAGGUGCCUUGAGGACAUUGUUGCAGAAAACAAAACUAGAUAGUAUUAAUUGAUAUAUGAUGAAUAAAAAAAUUGUUUCAUUCUUGUUUUUUGAAGGAAUUUGAAAUAUUUAAUUGGGGGUGAUAAAUGUUCCUUCCGGUGUCCUCAAGAUACUUGCUUUACCUUUUAGUAGAAGCACUUACAAGAGUAGAUUAGCUUGCUUUUAGGUUUUGACAUUCCACAAUUAUGCACUGAGAACAACUUCGAAAGCUUACGCAGAAUGAUGUUUUGGUAAUUGUCACGUGACAAGUUCUGUUGUCUAGGACUAGAAUUCCCAGGAAAUUGAGAUACCUAAUAAUUUGUGUGUACAAAAAGUUUGUUACAAUUUGAUGUUUUGGAAGUUAGUGCCUAUUGUUUGUUAUCUUUCCAAAUUCAAUUCUUGUUGGACCCAUUUCAUUAGCUUUGUCCGCCUCUUGGCGUUUCCUAACAUUGGGAUUCGAAUUUAUGGACUAAGGGGGAGCUGUGGGGAAGAACGAUGCCACAGGAUGAGUGUCAACGACGGAUCUGGAUUUUUCAACUUUCAAUUUGUCCUUCUCCCUAAUUGAUGUUCUUUAUUGUGGAAUUUUCAAUCUGGAGGACAAUUGGAGGCUGGUUGUUGUUUUAAAGUUGGCAUUUGUUUCCAUAUUUGCAAUAUUGUCAAUAUAUUGCUGCUUCAUUCCGCAGGCUUCCCAAAAAAGAGGUUAUUUUUCCUCGGCAUCAAUCCAUGUAGUGCUGGAAUUUAUUUUUGGUUCUAAUGUAGAAGACGUCUUCAAUUAUGUAUUUUGUACCCCUUUUAGUUAAUACGCAAAUAAAAUUAAGUAAACACUUCUUUGUUUACUUUCUAAUAGUGAUCGGUAAUAGGAGAUGAGCAGGUCAUGGUGCUCUAUAUCAUGAAUGAACAUGGCCAGUUGAUCAAGCACAUUCCUAUUCAUGAGAGGUGACAUCCCUGAAAAAAUGUAUAACUCGCACGCAUUUCGUGCAGCACACAAAUUAUGGAAUUGUAAUAUUCUUCCCUGCCCACUCCCAAAUAUGACAAUUAUUGGAAGUUCCCGUGCACCUAUAUACCUGAGGGGCAAAUAUUUUAUGUAAUUUAAAGUUCUCCGAUCUCGACUUUGGAAUUCUUCGCGUU